AUGCUCAAAUUAAAACUACCUCGCGAACCACAUCGCCGCCGAUUGAGGCAUCAGGAACCCGAACUUCCACCUAUGGAUACAAUGCGCAUCAAAGUUGACGAGAUACUUGGCAAGACCACAGUCGCGACUUCGGAUGACCGAGUCAAAGCUCAGUACCGUCGAAUUCAGCGCGGAGUUUUGCUAUACGAAACAUGCAGUAGCGAGGAGCUUCAAGUCUUCUGCCAGCAAAGAGGAAUAAGCCUCCCGAGGAGCUCCAACAGAAUCACAAGACGCGCGCGAGAUGAUUUGAUCAAGAUCCUCGAAUCCGCUGACGAGAACAUCACCUUUCACAAAUACAAGAACCUGCCGGCAGAACUCGGCCUCCUUGUUAUCGAAGCCUACAUGUCCUCUGUGCCCAGUUCCAACAUUUCCGCCACGCCACCACCCAUUUGCGGCGUCUCUCGCUCCCUUCGCCACGACUCCAUGAUCAUUUUCCACCAGACCCUCAGACUCAACCUGAGCUUCGACUUUCACAGAGGAUCUGUUGAUCUGGCUCUCGGAUCUCGGUCUAUGAUAGAAGUGCUGUAUAUCAGCGAAGUUGAAUACAUCAAGAAGUAUUCCAUCCGCGGUUUCUUCGCCCCCGACAGCAAAUCCGUCUUCACGCUCGACAUCUCCAAGGAUGGCAAGAACUAUCAGAUUUCGAAGACGAACGAGCCAAUCUCCGACAGGCAGAAAAGGAUUGCUGGGAAAAUGUUUGGGCAGAUGAAGGCUUCGCUAGACGGUAUGCUUGCUGGAAAGGGGAGGAUUGUUCUUCGGUUCUCGGAGGUUUGGGGAUGGCGGAGAAUGUGGGAGAUGGCAUUGAGGGAUGUGGAGGAUGAGGAUGGUGAGAAACAUAUUGGGAGCUUGAGCGGCCCACCUGCGCCACCCAUGAUGAUCGGCGCGUAG